CUCUACAUAAACUACUUGUCUCUGUCUUCUCUCUGUGUCUGUGUGUGUGUGUGUGUGUGUUGAUCUACAACAGCCAGAAAUGAGCAGAAGGCAUGUAAGCACCCUCUACACGAACGCAGCCACUCCACGGCGUGUCUCAAUCUCAACAAGACAACAUUUCUCGACGACAAGUGUGCGGCGAAACACUACUACAGCCAACACCACCGCCACCUCUCCACCGACAGACGCACACAAUGGCGAGUCCUCCUCGAAACCAGACCCCCCGGAGAAGGGCGCCAUGGCGCGGCGCCUAUCCGAAAUGACCGAGCAAGCGAUGCUCGAAGGCGGCCGGGCCGCGCGCAGAGACAUGCAGCACGCGGGGUUCUCGGAGGACUUGAAGCAGCAGCUGGAGGAGAGGGUGGCCGCGGCGGCGUUUAAAAGCGAGUAUGCGGGUGCGCACUCGAUUGUUCAUCUGCCGCCCAGCGCCGGCCAAGGCACCCAGUCCAUCGCCUCCGCGCAACCCUGGAGCGGCACGGAGAGCACGCACGACAUCACGCUGCGAAUGCUCGACGACUCCCGAAAGCGAAUCCGCACGACCUUCAAACCCCCGCACCCCCAACCCAAGCCCGUCGACAUGCGCCUCACCCCCAAACCCAAAGAAUCUCCCGGCCUCCGCCUCGCCACCGCCAAAGAACUAACGGCAACCUACACGCUCCUCCAACAAACCGAAAACGCAAACGCAAACGCAGACAAGAACCCCUCCGACACCUCCCAGCAGCAGCAGCAGCAGCAGCAGCGACAGGCCUUCCGCCAAGAACUCCACGAGCGGUUCUCCUCCACCGCGCGCCCCAUGCCCGCCACACUGCAGGGCCUAACCGCGCUCGCGAACGAGCGGAUCGAGGACGCGAUCGCGCGCGGGCAAUUCAAGAAGAUCCGGCGCGGAAAGGGCGUGAACACCCAGACGGACCAUAACGCCAAUAGCCCGUUCAUCGACACGACGGAGUAUUUCAUGAACAAGUUGAUCCAGAAGCAGGAGAUCGUGCCGCCGUGGAUCGAGAAGCAGCAGGAUUUGAAGAGGGAGGUGGAUCGGUUCCGGGCGCGGUUGAGGAGCGAGUGGAGACGGCAUGCGGCGAGGUUGGUGGCGAGUGAGGGCGGGGAGUUGGGGGUGCAGAUGAGGAGGGCGGAGGCGUAUGCGGAGGCGGAGAGGAGGCUGGAUGGUGCUGGUACUGAACCUCCCACCCAAACCCGACCCCUCCCAAUCGUCCCCCCCCUCCGCGACCCCCAAUACCUCCACACGGAGCGAUCGUUCCUCGCCCUAACAAUCAAGAACAUCAACGCCCAGACGCGCACCUACAACCUGCAAGCGCCGCCCGUGGCCCAGAAACCCUACCUCAACCUGGAGCGCGAGCUAUCAGCCUGUUACGCGGACGUGGCCCCGACCCUGGCGGACGAGAUCAAGCGACGAGCCACCGAAAGAGCGCGUCCGCGGAACUCGGGUCCGCAGGCCGCCAGUAUCUUCGAGUCUCUGAGCACGUCGCACACCACGCGUGUGUACGAUGAGGAUAAGGCGAAGGGGUACGGGUUUAAACAGUUCUGGAGGGAUCUGUUCUCGAAAGAUGGAAAAUAGAAUGGAAACCUUGCAUUAGACUGGAUUGUCCGUCCAGAUAGUAUACAGUAUCCCCUCAACUACCUACUUACCUAUGUAUGUAUGAUUCGACGUUCGUCUAGCAAUAAUCGAUAUGCCAAACUCCCAACAUUC